GUUUUUGAUAUCAAUCACAGCGCGCGAGCUGAAGAGGAGGCGGAGCCUCGGAUCGAUUAACGAAGCGUUCUAACUCCGGUAAGAGUUUUAAUUGGUGGAAAGAAAAGAGAAAGGAAGUAUUUAGUUCACUCACGGAGUUUCAUUGGAAGAGAAACAAAAAUAGAAGUUUACCUCCAUCUUUGCUAAAAGCGGUAACAUUUCAGUCUACUAGCAGGACAGUCCAGUGAAAAGUUUAAAAACAAUGUCGGGCUUUAAUAGAGGACCUGCCUACGGGUUUUCCGCCGAAGUAAAGAGCAAGAUUGCUCAGAAGUACGACUCUCAGAGGGAGGAGGAGCUGAGGGUCUGGAUUGAGGACGUGACAGGCUGCUCCGUCGGAGACGACUUCCAGAAAGGCCUGAAAAAUGGAGUCAUUUUGUGCAACCUGAUCAACACACUCCAACCUGGCUCUGUAAAAAAGAUAAACCAGUCCUCCAUGAACUGGCACCAGCUGGAGAACCUGACCAACUUCAUCAAAGCAAUCACCAUGUACGGUCUGAAACCCCACGACAUCUUUGAGGCCAACGACCUGUUUGAGAGCGGCAACAUGACCCAAGUCCAGACCACACUGCUGGCCCUGGCAGGCAUGGCUAAGACCAAGGGUCAGCUGUCCAGAGUGGACAUCGGAGUAAAGUAUGCUGACAAACAGGAGAGAGCCUUCGAUGACGAGAAGAUGAAGGCUGGACAGUGUGUGAUUGGACUACAGAUGGGCACCAACAAGUGUGCCAGCCAGGCGGGCAUGAAUGCCUACGGCACAAGGAGGCACCUGUACGACCCCAAGGCCCACAUCCUGCCCCCCAUGGACAACUCCACCAUCAGCCUGCAGAUGGGAACCAACAAGGGGGCCAGCCAGGCGGGCAUGACAGCCCCAGGGACACGGCGUGCCAUAUACGACCAGAAGCUGGGCAUGGAUAAGUGUGACAACAGCACCAUGUCGCUGCAGAUGGGCUCCAACCAGGGAGCCAGCCAGCGUGGACAGAACUUUGGGCUGGGCCGCCAGAUCUACGACGCCAAGUACUGCCCCAAGAACCAGGAGGGGGGCGGGGAUAAUGAAGCGGGGGCCGGGGAGUACGUCCCUGACUACCAUGACGAGGGUUACCAAGGAUACCAGCAGGAGGAGGCGGUGGUAUACCAGGAGGAGGGGCCAGAGUAUUAGGAAGUUCCGGAAUGCAGAAUAUCAACAUUAGUGUUUGAUCACAGAUAAUUUGAAGAGUGUCAAUUUAACACUGGGAGUUCAUUUUACUUGUUGAGUGUUUAUAUGUCUCCUCUCAAGAGAUGAACCUGUAUAAAUACUCCUGUUGUUAAAUUAACAUUUGGAAAUGGUGUGUGAUGUAUAUCUAUAGGUCCAUAGGUCCAGGCCUCUGCUGUGAUGUUGCCCGUGUGAUUGAAGGUAAUUCCAAAUGUACCACAGAAGGAAUGCACAGCAGGUUGCCAGCGUAGAUUUUUAUAUUCUGAACACGUGGUCAUUUCAGUGUUUUUAUAAUGUUGCCACUAUUUUAUGACCAGGCUCACACUUCUCCCUGGUGAGAGGCCUACAGCCCCUCCCUUGUGAGAGGCCUACAGCCCCUCCCUGGGUCUGUUUGAACAUGAAGGCCGUAGUUAUACUCGCUGGGUCCAUAUUGACUCAUGCUAAUCCAGUCUGAUUCCAACCGCUGUUUUUAUUGAUAUUAUGAGAAAGUGGAUCUGUGUCUAUGGCUGGAAUAGUUACAUUCAUCCUUGUAUUUAAAUCAUAUUAUAAACUGUAAACAUUUUAUAUUUGUUUAUAAACAGAUGUGAACAAGAAUGUGAAUUUGUUACACCUGCUUGUGUUCAGUAUAGCAUUCAUUGACAUGAAUGACAGAUCUUAAGACCAACGGAGAAAAUCUUGUUUGGAGAAACAGGUCCACAUUCCACCCUGAAUAGGGGAGAACAUGAAGACUUUCUGUUGGGUCAUUUUACAUGGAAUCAGUGGUUGAUGAGAGGACCAAAGUUGCAUUUGAACUGAAUCUUAUCAAGUAAUUAUUUGUGUUUUAUUCCGUAAACAUGAGAAGGGAAGCCAGCUGUUACAACCUUGAGGGGUCAGCGGUAGGGACAGUGGUGGGGUCAGAGUCAAAGGAGGGGUCAGAGUUAUUAUGGAUGAAUUUGUUCACUUGAUGAUGGGAAUAUUUGUUCAAGUUGGAUUGUGAAUAAAGUGUAAUAGAGUAA